GCACUCUUCUCAGGCUCGCCUCUCGUGCGAGCUCACCUUUUUCGCUUUGUUGUGGCGAAGGAGGAGGAGGGAGGAGAUUCGUAGGCCUCCUGCCACCAUGUCGCAGCAUCGUCGUCGUUCUUCUCGGCAGUAUGUAGACCAGCAGCCGUCCGCAGCCCCAGGGGCAGUGGACAGCAACAACUGGCGCCGGCCGCCUCCUCGAGACCACACGGGCGCCCUAUCGCAGUACGAGCCAUCGGAGGCCAGCUCACCGGGCAGCAGCCAUGUGCCAGACCCCUACUACCAGCAGGGCGGCGCCCACAUGGACGAGAGGGAGGCCUAUGAUGAUGGUGUGGGCGUGCAUAUGGGCGGAUCUGGCCGUGCCGGGUUUGCCGGAAACAAUGCCAUGAGCCGAGGACCGGUAAGGAAGGAACACGGGAGCAGGGAGAGAGCCAGCUGCAUACAUGUGAUGGAUGCAUGUGACAUGUGUCGUAUGUGACGGUGUGUGUGUGUCUCUCAGGGGAGUCAUGUCCCGCCCGCCAGUGUGCCCCCGGCCAACGGGCGCCCCGUGCCCUACACCAACAUGUCCUACACAUACGUCCCCAGCCGCACCAGCCCGUCACCCGAUAUGAGCGGCAGCCCGCGCCGGUACGGGUCAACGAGUCGCCAGGUUGACCACCAGGCGGACCACCACUACCCCAACCAGUCACCGGCAAGCCACUACGCCCAUCCGCACAACGACCAUCGCGCCGCUCACCAUCACCAGCACCAUCACCACCAACAGGACAGGUGGGACACCCGAUCCGACGCGCCGCCGAUGCCGUAUGGCGCACAGGACCAGCACGACGGGAGUGCGAGCAUGUACGGCGAACAUGAUAACCACUACCCUCCCUCAGAGCACAGCUACCACACGGGCGGAUACGACACCGGCGGCUACGCCGACGGAUCGCAGUCGUAUGGCGGCAUGGGGCAGGGAGGUGCGUGGGGCGGGGGGGCGAAUGGGUACGGUGACCGGUUUGGUGAUCAGGGGGACGACGACGUGCCCGAUGUGCAGUGCUUCUCUGAGAGUGAGGACGAGGGGCACCACCGCCCCGCCGCCGUGGGGCCCAGUCGAGGGCGCCAGCAGCUGUACCAGCACGAGCAGAUGGCGGAUGGCGGGCGCACGCGAGGAGGGGACACAAACGACGAGAGGGACUACAUCAUGUGAGCAGAGGGAGGAGGGACAGAGAGACAGACAGACAGACAGACAGAGAGGGUGGUUUGGUUGAUUGCCGUCGUCGUGUCUUGUUGGUUGUCCUGUCCGUCUAUCUGUCUCUCAGUGCCCGUCUGCAGGAUGCGACGGCACGUCGAAGCCUCUUGGAGUCGCGGGUGGUGGCCCAGCUGCAGACCUGGCCCCUCGGAAAGCACGGCAUCAACUGGCCGUUUGCCAGCGCCCCCAACCCCGAUCAGCCAAUCGCAGACGGCCCGCAGGAUGACACACACCAACACCAACACCAGGAGCACCAGCACCCACAUCCUCACUAUGAACAGCCGCUUCCCUCGCCACACUCGCCCGACCCAUCGCAGGUGCCCGCUCCAUUCGCUGACGCGGCGCAGUUCCCCACCGACACCCACACCGAUAUGCUUCAGGGCAACAACGGGAGUGCUGCGGCUUACAUGAGCCAGUUGGACGACGUGCCACCACACGCGCCCUCGUCCGAGCUGCCCGUCCCACCACAGCAGCAGCAGCCAUACGAGGCAACAGGGGAGGACCAGACAGAGGGCAACACGUCCCUGUACGACGACGAUCUGCUCAAAGGGAGCUUCAACGCGAGCUUGCAGCAGGCGGGCAUGGGCAUGGACAUGGGCAUGGGUCCUCCGGGCAUGGGCGUAGAUACGGCCAUGGUUGUGGGUGGAGGGAUGGGUGGGUCGUUGGGUGUGGGGGGACGGGGGCUGGGGGUGGACGUGGUGGCCCCUGCCCACCCUGCCCCUGCCCCUCCUGCUGCUGCUGCUGAUCAUGUCGACGAGGAGGAGUUUGUGCACAGGCCCGAGAGUCACCCUGACUGGGACCUGUUCGACCACUCCGAGGACGACACGAAGCGGCGCGAGAAGGAGGAGCGCGCCGAACGGCUGCAGCCCCUCGAAUGGGUCUUCCCGGUACGUCUGUGCCUGUGACAACCAUACACGCGCACACACACACACACACACAGAGAGAGAGAGAGAGAGAUGAAGAGAAUGGACACGUCUUUCGUUGCUGUGUGUAUGGCUGCAGGGGAAGGAUGCGUUGGAUGCGGAGGCCUUGGCGGCUGACCCGUUUGGUGAGUUGGAGGACCCCAGUAAGCUGAUAGAUUCCACAUACUGGACGGACAUCAUUGAGGAGGUGAGAGCGACCAACCAACCAACAGGCAGGGAGGGGACGUCGAUCCACUUGUGGGUGUGGCGUGGCCGCCUGCCUGCCUGCCUGCACAGGACCCUCAGUACUGGUCGGAACGGCUUGUGUUCAAGGAGAACCCUGCCACGUGGCCCUACCCCAUGGCAGACGUGCGCGGCCUUCAGAAAGGUGAGUCGGGGGGGACAUACACCACACGCCACACACACGUCUGCCUGCAUACCCAUCCAUCCAUCCAUCCAUUGUGUGCGUGUGUGUGUGUGUGUAGGCUGUCAGGGGUACCACCCCAAGUUGCGUGAGGCCAGCAUCGGCAUCCCUGAUGACGACAGCGCCGAGCACGUAGCCCAACUCUUACUCGACAACUGGGUUUUCGAAGCCAAACAGGACUCCAAGUUGGAGGUAGGAAGCACACCCGACACACGACACAAGAGGAGUCUUUCACCUUGUCUGUGUCAGCAGAAACGACGCCACGUCAAACCGGAGCCCCAGCCCCUAGACGAAUCCUACAAGAACGAGCUCAUGGAGAAGUUCACUCGAUUCGUAGACGGCAUCGAGCAGGGCCAAGACUGUACGCUCCGCACCCACCACACCCAAACAUAGCCACAAAGACACGAGUCCCCACGAUGGAUGACUUCCUUGAUGUGAUUGUGAUUGGUGUGAUGUGUGCGCUGCAGGGAAUGGUUGGGAGGUGGAUUUCAAGGACAUAGCGGCCCAGUUCCCAGACGACCUCCACACACGCAUCAAAGCCACGUUCAAACUCUUCGGUGCGUUCUCCCACACACACAUUCAAUAAAUAUUGCCGUUGCUGACCUGACCUGCGUGCAGAGAAUUUCUUUUGCGGCAACAAGAUCAGCAACAUCGUGCCCAAGGAUGUGUGGGUCAGGUGGGUGGCCUGGAAGAGGAAGAACAUCCCCAACAAGGCACAGACACACACUGCCGCAGGUACGUGACGUGCACGCACAUGAGCCGACCGCCCCAUUCUGUCUGUCUGUCUGUCUGCAGGCUCCGUAGUACCAGACGAUGAGUACCCCACCUUGCCCGGCGCCUCGCCCGUCAAGACCAAGCAAUGAUAUGGCUGCCUGGGGGCG